AUGAAAGACGAAUAUAUGUUAAGAAGAAAUGUUAACAUCCUUACUGUACUUAACACGGAUAUAGUAGCUGUUGCCGUUGGUGGAUCUAUAUUAUUGUGUUCCCAAGGAAAUAAAGUGAAAGCCCUUCACAUGUUGCAAGAAAUAUAA